UUUAGUUUCGAAAUAGAAGUAGAUAUUUGAUUGCUCAAAAUGGCUGAUGACAAGUUUAAUGUUGAUAAAAUUAUUGCAAGUCUCCUGGAGGUACGAGGUUCAAGACCCGGCAAGAGUGUUCAACUGAGUGAAAACGACAUCAGAGGUUUAUGUUUGAAAUCAAGGGAAAUAUUCCUCAGUCAACCAAUUCUAUUGGAACUUGAAGCUCCCCUUAAAAUCUGCGGGGAUAUUCACGGCCAGUAUUAUGACCUUCUGCGGCUUUUUGAGUAUGGAGCUUUCCCCCCAGAGUCAAAUUAUCUCUUUCUUGGAGAUUACGUGGACCGUGGAAAGCAAUCAUUGGAAACCAUUGCCCUUCUCCUCGCUUAUAAGAUAAAGUAUCCGGAGAAUUUCUUCUUACUUAGAGGCAACCAUGAGUGUGCGAGCAUCAAUCGAAUCUAUGGUUUCUAUGAUGAGUGUAAGCGACGGUACAACAUCAAGUUGUGGAAAACCUUCACGGAUUGCUUCAACUGUCUCCCGCUUGCUGCCAUUAUUGAUGAGAAGAUCUUCUGCUGCCACGGAGGACUCUCUCCUGAUCUUCAAUCCAUGGAGCAGAUCCGGAGGAUCAUGAGACCAACCGAUGUUCCAGAUCAAGGGCUAUUGUGUGACCUCUUGUGGUCCGAUCCUGACAAGGAAGUCUUCGGAUGGGGCGAGAAUGAUAGAGGAGUGUCAUUCACGUUUGGUGCUGAGGUUGUGGCCAAGUUUCUUCACAAGCAUGACCUUGACCUUAUAUGUCGUGCUCACCAGGUUGUUGAAGAUGGAUAUGAGUUCUUCGCCAAACGGCAAGUCGUCACUCUCUUCUCGGCUCCUAAUUAUUGUGGGGAGUUUGACAACGCAGGAGCAAUGAUGAGCGUGGAUGAAACUCUCAUGUGCUCCUUCCAGAUCCUCAAGCCAGCAGAUAAGAAGAAGUUCCCUUACGGGGGUUUAAACGCCGGACGCCCGGUCACUCCUCCUCGUAAUUCAGGAAACAAACAGAAACCUGGGAAAAAAUAAACUUGACAACAUGAACAUAAACCUGCAUAGAUUCCAACAUAAACUGUAGUAUUGUUGCUGCUUUGUUCUUGUAGCAACUAGCUGCAAUAAUUCAACAUUGAUACGUUAUCCUUGUGACUGAAAUAAUUAGUAAAAUCAGGGUAGUUGAUUUUUAUUGGGGUUUUUACUUUACUACUCUUACUGCACUGGGUAACUAAUGAUAUUGCAGACUUUGUAAAAUCUGUUGUUCCCUAAUAUGCUUGUUAUUACAACUGUUGUCAAUAAACUCAUUAAAGCCACGAAAAAUCUGAUCCAUGUUCGCUCUGGCAUCUAACUCAGUAUAAAGUUUUUGUUUCUUUUUACAUGUGUUCUCGUGCAUAAACUGUAUGGGUUGAAUGAAUGAAUUAUUGAAUAAAAAUAUUAUUAUGAAGCUGUUUUUCAUGUCGUUUUAUUGGGCCUAUUAUUAUUAAAGCAAAAUUAAUUUCAAACGCAUUUGACCCAAAGGCCAAAAUAAGUAAAUUUUGUGUUUAUAUCAACUCGUGUUUAG